AAGUGGACCUGCCAUUGAAGAAAGAUGGGUUCACAUCAGAAAGCACCACACUGGAAGCCUUGUUACGAGGUGAAGGAAUUGAGAAGAAAGUGGAUGCCAAAGAAGAAGAGAGCGUCCAGGAAAUACAGAGGGUUCUGGAAAAUGAUGAAAACAUAGAAGAAGUGAAUGAAGAGGAGGAUUUAGAAGAAGAUACUCCAAAACGAAAGAACAGGACCAGAGGACGGGCCCGUGGUUCUGCAGGUGGCAGGAGGAGGAAUGAUGCUGCCUCUCAGGAAGACCAAGAUAAACCGUACGUCUGUGAUAUCUGUGGCAAGCGUUAUAAGAACCGGCCAGGGCUCAGCUAUCAUUAUGCUCACACACACCUGGCCAGUGAAGAAGGGGAUGAAGCCCGGGAGCAAGAAACGAGAUCCCCACCUGUCCACAGAAAUGAAAACCACAGACCCCAGAAAGGACCAGAUGGGACUGUCAUUCCCAAUAAUUACUGUGACUUCUGCUUGGGAGGUUCAAGCAUGAACAAAAAAAGUGGCCGGCCAGAGGAACUAGUGUCCUGUGCAGACUGUGGACGCUCUGGUCACCCCACCUGCCUGCAGUUUACCCUGAACAUGACUGAGGCUGUCAAAACCUACAAGUGGCAAUGCAUUGAGUGCAAAUCCUGCAUACUCUGUGGAACCUCAGAGAAUGAUGACCAGCUGCUCUUCUGUGAUGACUGUGACCGUGGCUAUCACAUGUAUUGUUUAAAUCCCCCCGUGGCUGAGCCCCCUGAAGGGAGCUGGAGUUGCCACCUGUGCUGGGAAUUGCUCAAAGAGAAAGCAUCCGCCUUUGGCUGCCAGGCCUAG